UUGUGAACGUGGACCAACUUCCGUCAAGCCACCGACGAUAUUACACUGUACAUCAAUAAGUUAUCGCAUCUAAAAAAGAAAAGAUGCACAUGUUAAGACGAGAUAAGAAAGAGGAAGAGGAUGGUGGUGGCAAUCCUUUCCACAACAUAGAAAAAAGCAGUGUGUUGCAAGAGGCAAGAACCUUCAAUGAAUCGCCCAUAAAUCCAAGAAAAUGUGCCCACAUCCUGACAAAGGUCUUAUACCUUAUCAACCAGGGUGAACAGAUUGGAACCACUGAGGCUACUGAGGCAUUUUUCGCCAUGACAAAACUUUUCCAGGCCAAAGAUCCAAUCCUGCGACGUCUGGUUUACCUUGGUAUCAAGGAAAUGUCUAAGAUUGCCCAGGAUGUCAUCAUCGUAACCAGCAGUUUGAUGAAGGAUAUGACUGGAAGGGAAGACCAGUUCAGAGGCCCAGCCAUCCGUGCCCUUUGCUCUAUCACAGAUACCACAAUGUUACAGAGCAUUGAACGUUACAUGAAACAGGCCAUCGUGGACAAGGUUAAUGCAGUGUCCAGUGCUGCCCUCGUCUCAUCACUGCAUCUGAGUAAGUGUAGUCAGGAUGUGACGAAGCGCUGGGUGAACGAAGCCCAGGAAGCUGUGUCUAGUGACAACAUAAUGGUCCAGUACCACGCCCUUGGACUUCUGUACCACAUCAGGAAAUAUGACAGACUGGCUGUCACCAAACUAGUUACCAAGUUCUCCAAACACUCCCUCAAGUCUCCCUAUGCGUACUGCCUACUGAUCAGAAUUGCAAGUAAACUUAUGGAAGAAGAAGGAGUAGGAACUGACAGCCCAAUGUUUGACUUCAUUGAGAACUGCCUGCGCCAUAAGAGUGAGAUUGUCAUCUACGAGGCUGCCCACGCCAUAGUAAACUUAAAGAACACAUCUGCCAAAGAGCUGGCCUCAGCUGUGCCCGUUCUCCAGCUUUUCUGUAGCUCAGCCAAGCCCACGCUUAGGUUUGCUGCUAUCAGGACCCUGAACAAGGUUGCCAUGAAACACCCAGCUGCAGUAACAGCCUGUAACUUGGAACUAGAGAACCUGAUCACGGACUCUAACCGCAGUAUUGCUACACUGGCCAUCACCACCCUCCUAAAGACGGGAAGUGAAAGCAGUAUUGACAGACUGAUGAAGCAGAUCUCCAGUUUCAUGAAUGAAAUCUCUGACGAGUUCAAAAUUGUUGUCAUUCAAGCCAUACAGUCCCUAUGCUCGAAGUUCCCGAGAAAGCAUCCUGUGUUGAUGAACUUCCUGUCCUCCGUCCUAAGGGAUGAGGGAGGUUUUGAGUACAAGAAGGCCAUUGUGGACAGUAUCAUUACCAUCAUAGAGGACAACCCAGAGGCGAAGGAAGCAGGACUUGCCCAUCUGUGUGAAUUUAUUGAGGACUGUGAACACACGGUGUUGGCCACAAAGAUCCUACAUCUACUGGGUAGGGAGGGGCCACGUACCCCCACCCCCUCCAAGUACAUCCGCUUCAUCUACAACAGGGUUAUCCUUGAAAACGCUGCUGUUCGAGCAGCCACUGUGACAGCCCUGGCCAAGUUUGGUGCCCACUGUGAGGAGCUCCUGCCCAGCUGUAUUGUCCUACUGGAAAGAUGUUUGUUGGACACAGACGACGAAGUAAGAGACCGGGCCACAUUCUAUGUACAAACACUUAAACAACAACAGAAAUCACUCAAGUCCACCUACAUCCUCAAUGGUCUACAGGUGUCUGUAGUGGGACUAGAGCGAGCAUUACACCACUACACCAUGGAGCCCACAGAGACUCCCUUUGAUGUUAAGUCUGUCCCUCUGGAGACUGCACCCAUCACCGACAGCAAACAAGUGCGGGAACCUGGCGAAGCUGGUGGACAAAAGACAGAGAAGGUGGCCGCUUCCAGACAGGAUAUAUAUGCAGAGCAGUUGUCCUCCAUCCCAGAGUUUGCCAACCUGGGUAACCUGUUCAAGUCCUCAUCACUUCCUGUGCAGUUGACAGAGUCUGAGACAGAGUAUGUCGUGCAGUGUGUCAAACAUACAUUCAGUCACUACAUAGUGUUUCAGUUUGACUGCAGCAACACCCUGAACGACCAAGUCCUAGAGAAUGUUACGGUACACAUGGAGCCAGCCGACGGGUUUCAAGUGCUUAAAUGUGUACCCUGUGCUAGUCUACCCUACAACAAACCGGGCACUACUUACACACUAGUCCAUUUACCAGAGGAUCCAACUUUAGUUACGGGGACAUUUAGCUGCACCCUAAAAUUUAUAGUGAAGGACUGUGAUCCUAACACAGGGGAGCCCGAUGAUGAAGGAUAUGAAGAUGAAUAUGUGCUUGAAGAUGUUGAGGUUUCGGUGGCUGACCACGUCCAACGGGUGAUGAAGCCUAACUUUGGUGUGUCGUGGGAAGAAGUAGGACUGGAGAAUGAACUGGAGGAUACAUAUGCUCUGUCGACUAUGAAGACACUUGAAGAGGCUGUUCAGAACAUUAUUAAGUUUAUGGGUAUGCAACCAUGCGAGCGUUCAGACAAAGUGCCAGAAGGGAAGUCAUCACAUACUCUGUACCUGGCAGGAGUUUACAGGGGCGGUCACGAUGGCCUCGUUAGAGCAAAGCUCGCACUGUCUGAUGCUGGCGUCACCAUGCAGCUGACUGUACGGUCAACUGACCCGGAUGUUUCAGAGGUCAUGGCCACAGCCAUAGGUUAACUGGACCUACAUGUGUGGGAUCAGCAAUACCUUGUUGAGUCAUUGUGUACCGCAUGUAUGGUUUCUGGAACCCUGUAGGGUUGUCAUUACCACUGUUUUUGAUAGACUGAGAAACAUUUAUAUGACUUACACCAGAAUAAGGACAUUCUGAUGUCAACCAUUUAAUAUUUAGUACAUUUACUGUGAACAAAAAUUGGAAUUACAUUUUGUGGUGAAGGCAGAGAGAGAAAAAAUAAAUCUUUAUUUUGAUAAUACAACUGUUAAUGAUUUAAAAUAUUCAAAUAUGAAUUGUUGAAGUGUUUGAACACGUUAUUCUGGUAUGUUGGAUUUUUCAUUCAUAUUGAAUGCUGUUAUGGUGUAUAAAUUCCUUACUCUGAUGCCUGUAGCUAGUAGAGUUUGUGAUGGGGAUAUGGAGAAGGUCAAACAAGUAGAUUCUUUUCUCAAUAUGAAAUAGAAUACCGCAGGAAUUCCCAAUGUAAAGUAUAAUUAUGUUCAAAAUUCUCCAGUUUUUAUUAAAUUCUGAAGAAAGACAUUUUUAAACAAUCAUAUUUAAGUUUUAUUGCUUUUCAUUAAUGGAGAAGCAAUGCAUAUAUUUUGAUUAAACUGAAAUGUUACUUUGUAAUUAAAUUUUUAUGUAUGUAUCAUUGAUGCUAUUGUCUUGUGAAGAAGCCAUGAUAUGAAGGUAAGCUAAAUAAAAAAGAACAAGAAAAUUUG